AUGGCCGGCCGGCGAGCCCACGACGCCGUCGUCGCCGCCGCCCUCCUCCUCGCCGCCGCCGCCGCCAUCACGGCGGCGGAGGGCGCGGUGUCGAGCUGGGAGGCGAGCUCCGACCAGGACUACCACAUCUUCGUGGAGAACCGGAUGGCGGACAACAUGCACCUGAGCUGCUACGCCGUGCACGGCGGCGGCCGGAGCGAGUUCUACCACAGCUUCCGCGCCGACACCGGCAGGGAGGUGCAGCUGCCGUUCCUGCAGCCGGUGGCGCGGGCGAGGCUGGUCUGCAAGUGGGCGUGCGCCGGCAACUACCUCCGCGGGGUCACCCUCUUCAGCUCCUACUGGCGGGAGGCCACCUCGGGCGCCUGCCGCCGCCGCGGCGGCGGGUGCGUCGUCGUGUUCGACGGGCAUGAGAUGUUCGUCGCCGGGCGCUCCUCCGGCGGCGGCCGGAGGCUCCUUGGCGACCUGCCGGAGCACCAGUGCGAGAAGAUGCUGCUCGUCUUCAACCGCCGCUGCUGGUACAAGGACCACCGCCACCCGUACGUCGGCCGCGUCAUGAGCGGCCUCGCCGAGUACCUGAUGGCGUAGCGCGCGCGUACAGUACAUGCACGUCGUAGCUACUUCGUCUAUACGGAUACACGUACGUAUAUAUUUGUUUGUGUACGUAGAGUGCGAGACAUCGUGCAAUUUGCAUGCAUGAUGGUACGGACGGACGGUUUCGAUUAUGUAUGUAUAUAUGUUGAUUAAUUAAUUCCUGUUAAUUUAAUUUUAGAAAAGCCGUUAGAAGGUGAACACAAUGUACAUGUAUCGUAUGUGUGUUGCGAAUUGUGAGAAAUUAAUUAAUUAAUUGUAAAUUAUGGA